AUGUCUCCUCCGACCUUUACAACUCCUGCCGACUCCUUGCAUCCGAGCCACGCAGAACCGACAUCAUCCCCACCCCCAUCCAUUCCCCGCCGGAGACAGCGCGUCGACUCGGACCCUGAAAGGAAUCUCGACCGAGACGCGGCUCAUCCCGCACCCUCUAGCGGCCCCGCGUUUGCCCGCCCUGAUCCUAAACGACUGCGUUCCGAUACCUACUCCUCUACACCUGGCUCAGCUACACCAGUUACGACAUCCACAACCGCAAUGUCUGCCAAAGUCCAGGGCAAGCGGCCCGACAUAAUUGACCUUACUGGCGACAGCCCAACCCGCCAGCAACCUACCUUCCACAACAUCCACCAGCGUCCCGGCCUGCAACCCCAAAAUGGGGCCCGCAAAUUGGUCGUCAAAAAUCUACGCCAGCCCUCCACAUCCUCUGGCUCUUCAUCGGUCGAGUCAUACUACAAGUCGGUCAAUGCCGAGCUUGAUGCUGCCCUGGCUAGUAUUUUCGCUGGGCGCAGCCCCACCCAGCCCAUGGAGCGCCUAUACCGGGGGGUCGAGGAUAUUGCCUGGCUGGCCAGCCCAGAGAUGCUCGGUGGUUUGCAAGAACAGUACAUCGACUCAAGGCAUUCACAGCAGGCAUCCCCGGAUCUCGACAGCUUGCUGAAGGCCGUCGUUGAGAAAUGGAGGCGAUGGAAUCGGGUCGUGUAUGUUGUACGCGGCAUCUACAGUUAUCUGGAUCGGGCAUACCUUGGUCUGUUACACGGGGACGGGGGAAAGGGCCGACAAGGAAUCAAUGAGAUCGCCAUCCAGCUGUUCAGGAGAGCCGUUUUUGGGUCAUCACGCAAGUCUCUUGGCGACGGGGUGCUGCAUGCUAUCUGCUGCCUGGUAAACUACAUGCGAGAAGGCGAUGAGAGAGCCGAUCGCGCUCUGCUUAAGGAUGCCAUUGGUAUGCUGAGAGUAUGUGGGGUAUAUGGCAAGUCAUUCGAGCCCAUGUUCCUGACAAAGUCGAACAUCUACUACGAGGAAUUUGCUGAGUCGAUGUCCUCCACAAUGAGUCUUAAGGAAUAUGUCGCCAGUGUGGCCUCGUUGAUGGAGAAUGAAGGCGCCAGGUGCGAUGCCUUUAACUUCGAGAGUACCACCAAGCGACAACUUCUGCAACUUGCACAGCACACUCUUGUCUUUAAGAAGUCACAGAAGUUACUUGAGAGUGAGAGCAUCGCGAAACUGCUCCAAGCCGGAGAUGUUCAAUCGAUAAAGACGCUGUAUGCGCUGCUGAAGACCUCUCAGUUACACAAGCAACUCAAAGGCCCUUGGGAAACCUAUAUCGAAACGACAGGUUCUGCCAUCGUGGGCGACACGGAACGCCCGGACGAGAUGAUUGUUCGUCUCCUGGAGCUGCGUCGUUCUCUGGAUCUCAUGAUUCGUGACGCGUUUGGACGCGACGAAGUUUUCGUUUAUGGCCUAAGGAACGCCUUUGGCCAUUUCAUUAAUGACACGAAGCACAUCUCAGCAUAUCGCACCUCCAAGGUUGGCGAAAUGAUCGCGAAGUACAUCGACAUGCUUCUCCGUGGCGGCCUCAAGACGCUUCCUAAGUCACUCCUGUCAGACAACAAAGACAAGGCUAAUGCUGAAAUGGGCGGUGUGGCGGCCACAGGAGAUGAAGAUGCUGAGUUGGAUCGCCAGUUAGAUCAUGCGAUCGAAUUGUUCCGUUUCGUUGAUGGAAAGGACGUGUUCGAGGCUUUCUACAAAAAGGAUCUGGCCCGCAGAGUGCUCCUUGGUCGGAGUGCCAGCAAGGAUGCUGAGCGCAGUAUGCUUGCCAAACUCAAGAGCGAGUGUGGUUCUGGUUUUACACAUAAUCUUGAGCAGAUGUUCAAGGAUCAGGAGCUGUCCAAAGACGAAAUGAAAUCAUACAAGGAAUGGCUCGCCGCCUCUGGCCGGGACACGGGCGGCAUCGACCUCAACGUCAACGUUCUCUCGGCUGCCGCUUGGCCAACUUUUCCAGACGUGCGUGUGCUGUUGCCUAAGGAGGUGCUCGAACAGAUCAAGAUCUUCGACGACUAUUACAAGUCUAAGCAUACAGGUCGCCGCUUGACAUGGAAGCACAACAUGGCGCAUUGCGUCCUCAAGGCCCGCUUCGACCGCGGGCCGAAGGAACUUCUCGUCAGCGCCGCGCAGGCUGCGGUUUUGAUGCUCUUCAAUGAGGUUGAGAACGACCCCGACAACCCCGAGGGCGUGCUUACCUACGAGCAAAUCUCCACUUCCACAGGCCUCACGGGCGGCGAGCUCGACCGCACACUACAGUCACUCGCCUGUGGCAAGGCCCGCGUGCUGACAAAGCACCCCAAGGGCCGCGAUGUCUCUCCAACUGACACGUUCACAAUCAAUAAGUCCUUUACGGAUCCCAAGUUCCGCGUCAAGAUCAAUCAGAUCCAGUUGAAGGAGACGAAGGAGGAGAACCGGGAAACACACCAGCGUGUGGCGGCCGAUCGGCAGUUUGAGACGCAGGCGGCCAUCGUGCGUAUUAUGAAGAGUCGGAAGACGAUGACGCACGCGCAGCUGGUUGCUGAGGUGAUUGAACAGACUAGGAAGAGAGGCGCUGUGGAUGCAGCUGAUAUUAAGGCAAAUAUUGAGAAACUCAUUGAGAAGGAUUAUCUUGAGCGUGAAGGUAACUCCUAUGUCUACCUAGCAUAG